GACAAACAGAGAGUCGAAAGUUUUCCACGUCGCGUAUAUCGUUCGGUAAGCGAGAUAAAGCGCCGCGCGAGCGCGAAGGAAUAUCCAUUCUUUUUUCAUCUAAAAAUAACCGCGUGCGACUGGCGCUUUUUCUUAAUUGCGAAUCGUUUUUAGAUCUGCGCGUCGCGCUAUCAGCGGUAAACAAUUUUUUCGCGCCGUCGCCCGCACCGUGCACGCGCUGACUCCUCGUCUGACCGAUAAACGUUUGAACUACUGCCUCGGUUAUUUUCGGUCUAGAGCUCCGCGCGUCGACGACAAAUUGUUGGAGCGCGCACGUAAUCUCCGACCCGCACUCGCGCUAAUUGAUAUCCCUGUACGACGACGCGACUAUGCUUGCCGUUGUUGUUGUUAUGACGAUUUGACUAAUCAAUAAUUGCCUCUUACCAAUGACCAAGCAACGACGACCAAAGAUGACAGAUCAGCGAUAUAGAUUCUCCGCGUAUUUUUCUCCGGUUAUGCAAGCUGCCAAUAAGAUACUUAGCCCAGGACACUCUUAUCAAUUUGAAAACAAAUUAUUGCGUAUCUCGCGGCUUCACCGUUUACAGUAAACAACGCCGCAUCAGCAAAACAAAAUGUCCAAUCGACUCGAUGUUACGGUCCAUCUAAGCGUGAACGAGGAAUCCUGCCCCGAACGGACAGAGAAUAAAGUAGAGCGGCCGAAAGGUGAGGGGGACCGAAGAGAAAGUUGAAGCUCGAUCGUUACUUGUUAUGGUAUAUAUCUGGGUCAGUCGCCGUCAACUGCGCUCUUGCGCGAGUAUACGCAAAUCGGCGCGGCAGUCUAUGCCGAUCGAGCUCGCGCAAUAAUAACGAUCGAUAAGGUACUUUUCGCUGUGUCCGCAAAAUGUAGCUGGCGCGCUCGCCGAGCGACUGGCGACAGUCGACAGCGCCUCUCUUUCUGAAAAGAGCGAAAGCGAGGAAAAAGAGGCGAACGCGAUAGGUCGCGCCCGCACGGGAAAACUUUCCUCGGGCGAUAAUCGAGCGAGGCGCGCGUCGCCGGCGUAAACACACGCAUAAAGCGCGCAUCCCUUGCGCUGUUGUUUUGACGGGCACGCGACUCGUCGCCGCGCGAGCCGAGGCCAAACAAUCGCGCGCGACGCGUCCGCGGCUGCAGCGGGCGCUGAUUAAGCUCUGGCGCGCGAUUAUCCGCGUCGGCCGCGGAGCCGCGCGCGGCUGUUGUUGUCGCCGGCCGAGCGGCGAAUCCUUAAUUGAGUUUGAGGCUUGUUUGCCGGCGGCGCGCCAAGCGGAAAAACUAUUGGACGCUCGAACGCGAUCGAGGUCGCACGCCCGAUCGAAGUCCGCGCUCUGUUUUUCCGCGGCGAAUCGCCACUCCAGCGACGGCGCGCCGAUCGAAGCGCAACGCGCAACGGCCGCGACAGCUCGCAGGCCCUCUUCUCGCCCGCGGCCACGGAACUGAUCGACCCCUUCCGCGGCAAUUAAAAGCCCAUCGACGCGUCUCCAGCCGUCGCGUUCGCUCGACGUCGCGCGGCCGCCUCGUGAAUAUGCAAAGCGGGCGAGCGGCGUGCGGCGCGGCGGCCUCGGAGCCGCCGGGCGUUCAGUUUCCAGCGGAGCGCGGGCUCGGCAUGCAGGGUUGCGGAGGCGGCAGUCGGCAGUUCGGCUCUGGCGGCAAGGCUCCGCGAGUGGUGCGGGUGGUGCUUCUGGGCCAGCCAGGAGUCGGCAAGACGGCGAUAGCAGUGCGUUUCGCGACGCGUCGCUACAUCGGCGAGUACGACUGCACGGUAGAACGUCUCUACCGGGUGGACGGCCCGUCGGUGACCAGCUGGGAACUGGUGGAUCCACCAGGCGAUCCGACGCAGCCGCCGAGCGAGUCGAAGCUUCGCUGGGCCGACGCGGUGCUGCUGGUCUACUCGGUGACCGAUCGCGUGAGCUUCGACGAGACCUGGCGGCUGCGCUUUCUGCUCAACCAGGCGCGCAAAGCCAGCAAGAAGCUGCCCCACCCCGUCGUGCUGCUCGUCGGCAACAAGACCGACCUGGCCGGUCCGCCCGACGGCGACAGGAUGGUUUCCACGGCCGAGGGACAGCGCAGAGCGAUAGACAUCGAGGCGCAGGCCUUCCACGAGAUUUCCGCCAGGGAAUCGCUCGAGCAGGUCACGUCGGUGUUCGUCAGCGUGGCGAGACUGGUGCUCGUGGCGCAAAGCGGCGACGAGAGGCACGUGGCUGGUGCUCUGCCGUUUCGGCUGCGAGCUUCCACGGACGGUAGCAUCGACGCCAGGAGAAGGCCCAGCAUCCAGCAGCCUCUGUCGAAAAGACGAUUGAGUAUCUCCGUCAGGGGAGCGCCCCACUAGGCUCGCUCGUACGCCACGCGCAGUACGAAUUCUGACGAUUUUUAUGGUUCGCGCAUUUUCGUGUUUUACCUUAGCACACAGUAUCGAUCUUAGAUGAAGCGGUAUUAAGUAUUUACAAGCCGUAAAUGCCAAUAGCUUAGUAUUUGUGUUCAAUUGGAGACUGCAUUAUUGGUAAUAAACUUAUUUUAAUAAAAAAA